AUGGAACGUUCACAGAGCCGAAUCAGCCUGUCCGCCUCCUUCGAGGCCCUGGCCAUCUACUUCCCCUGCAUGAACUCCUUCGACGAAGACGACGCCGUUGAUGCUGAAGGUCGCAGACUGAAGGGUAUCCAGAGGAGCACAGAGACAGGACUGGCCGUGGAAAUGCCUAGUCGCACAGUCCGGCAAGCCAGCCAUGAAUCUAUUGAGGACAGCAUGAACAGCUAUGGGUCAGAGGGCAACCUGAACUACAGUGGAAUGUGCUUGGCAUCCGACACACAGUUUAGUGACUUUUUGGACGGGAUGGGCCCAGCUCAGUUCGUGGGGAGACAGACUCUGGCAACAACCUCAAUGGGUGAUGUGGAGAUCGGUUUAAUGGAGAGAAAUGGGCAGUUAGAAGUGGAGAUUAUUCAAGCCAGAGGUUUAACCAUGAAACCAGGCUCCAAAGGCCCCCCAGCGGCAUACAUAAAAGUGUAUCUCCUAGAGAAUGGUAUCUGUGUGGCAAAAAAGAAGACAAAAUCUGUGAGGAAGUCUCUGGAUCCACUUUACAACCAAGUCCUUGUCUUCUCAGAGAGUCCGCAGGGCAAAGUCGUACAGAUUAUUGUAUGGGGAAAUUAUGGCCGCAUGGACCGCAAGUGUUUCAUGGGCGUGGCUCGCAUCCUGUUGGAAGAGCUGGAUCUGACAAGCAUGGUGAUUGGCUGGUACAAGCUUUUCCCAACCUCCUCCAUGGUGGAUCCGACAAUGGCGCCCCUGAUUCGCCACUCGUCUCAGCUCUCACUGGAGAGCACGGUGGGGCCAUGCUGCGAACGCUCCUAA